AUGUCCGACAUCAAGAAGGUCCUCACUGCCAAUGCCUGCCCACCUGCUGGGCCUUAUUCCCAGGCAAUCAUAGCCGGCCCGCACAUAUUUGUCUCUGGCCAGAUCCCCGCAGACAAGGAUGGAAAGCUUGUCGAGGGAAGCAUUGGAGAAAAGACGGCGGUGUGCUGCAAUAACAUCAUUGCUAUUCUCCAGGAGGCGGGGAGCGACAUCAGCAGGGUAGUGAAGGUCAACGUCUUCCUAGAUGAUAUGGGUAAUUUUGGUGAGAUGAAUGCAACCUAUGAGAAAGUCUUUGCGCACAAGCCUGCUCGAAGCUGCGUGGCAGUCAAGCAGCUGCCGAAGGGCGUCCCGGUCGAGAUCGAGUGUAUUGCGCUUGCUGGUAAGGAGAGCAAGCUGUAA